AUGUAAAUAGGGUGUAAAAAAGGCCCUCCCCAUCUUUGUAAUUAAUUGACACGUUAUACCACUCAUCAUUUUCUGAAGCACCAAUGGUAGAGGCUCGGAUCUCCCCAAAACCCACAAUUUCACAUCUGCAAACACUGUCUUCAUCCACUUGACUCCCAAGACCCGCCCACACGUGGCCAACCUUUUGCGUUUUUAAUGCUUUUUCACUGCAGGUUCAUCUGUGCACACCAACCUUAUAUGGACUGAUCGGUCCAGUAAUGGCUUAUUUCUUCGUCGCACCCGCCGGUAGCACAGGGUCCAUGAGGCACAUAUAGUCCUCCAGGCACUUUGGCACUCUUCCUGGACUUACACAACUGAAUCCACUACUUUACAAGCAAUUGGUUUAAGUACACUGCUUAAUCUGCCUCCAUUCUAGUUAGAUAUCUGACACUGUAUUAGCCUGGCUCUUUUUGCCUUUUCUUUGUGAAAGAAAAAGAAGACGAAACAGAAGAAGAAGAAAAAAAAACUUAAAUUCCGUUUUGUGUUUAUUGCUACAGAGGAUUGCCAAACUGGUGCUGCAACUUUCCUGCAUAAAUUUACCCCGAAUAUGUCGUUGACCAACACAAAGACGGGCUUUUCAGUAAAGGACAUCUUGGACCUCCCUGACACCAACGAUGAAGAGGGCUCUGUUGCAGAAGGAGCGGAGGAAGACACAGAGGGGUCCGAAGCAACAAAAACGGCUGGAGUUUUGGGGCAAAGCCCCCUUGAAAACGUACAAAACCUUCCUUUAAAGAACCCAUUUUAUGAUAACAGUGAUAAUCCUUACACAAGAUGGCUUGCCACUACGGAGAGCAUUCAGUAUUCAAUACAUGGUUUAUCAUCCAACUCCCAACAACAGGACUCCUCGGCUAAGUCGCCAGAGCCUUCUGCUGAUGAAUCCCAAGACAACGACAAGGAGACCUCAAGCAACGGCAGCGACUCCGGGAAGAAGCGGAAGAGGAGAGUACUUUUCUCUAAGGCUCAGACUUAUGAGUUGGAGCGGCGUUUCAGGCAACAGAGGUACCUCUCAGCUCCCGAAAGGGAACACCUGGCUAGUCUGAUCCGUCUCACACCAACCCAAGUGAAAAUCUGGUUCCAAAAUCACCGAUACAAGAUGAAGCGGGCUCGAGCAGAGAAAGGUAUGGAAGUGACUCAUCUCCCUUCCCCGCGUCGGGUGGCAGUGCCCGUCUUAGUCAGGGACGGCAAACCGUGUCAUACUCUCAAAGCUCAGGACUUGGCAGCCACUUUCCAGGCUGGAAUUCCCUUCUCGGCGUAUAGCGCCCAGUCUCUCCAGCAUAUGCAAUAUAAUGCCCAGUACAGUUCAACCGGUACUUCCCAGUUUCCCACAGCGCAUCACUUGGUGCAAACCCAGCAGUGGACUUGGUGAACUAUAAAGACUGUCAAAAUAGGCUUGGGGUUAAAGAAACUCAAAAGAACAGAAUAAAGAAAAAAAAAAAAAAAGACUUCGACAUUUUACAGCUUCAUUAAUUUCAACAAUUUUAUUUUGGGGUGUUUCGUGCGUCAUGUUUACAUGAAGUUAUUAUUUUUUGUCGGUUUAGUUUUUGUUUUGUUUUGUUCUGUUUUGCUUAAUCAUGAAAAUCAUUUUCUGCCUCCAUAGAUCUGAACAUUUUAAUGUUCUUGUGAUUUUUGUAAAGUAUGUUUGUGUGAUGUAGAGAUGUUUAUUUUUUUAUUUUAACAUUUUUGUUCACUCGUGUAUAAAGCACGUACAGAAACACUUUAAAUAUAGAUAUUUUAUUUCAUGUUUCUUUUAUAUUGAACUUGAUAUAUUUAUAGCCAUGUAAAAAUUUGGCAAAUUUUAGUUUAUUUUAAUAUUUCCAUUUAUUAUUAUUAUUAUUAUUAUUUUGUAAAUAUUUUUGUGGUCAAUGUCGCCAUACAGCUAACCAUUCAGGAAGUUUGGCUGGAAACAAAUAUUAUAUCACCCCAUA